UUUUUUAAUAUAUAUAAACAUACUUAUUUCUCUAUAAUAUAUUUUCCAACUUCAUCGUUCAAAAGUAUAUUUACCUAUUUUGGGCCAAUAAACUAUUCCUCAGUUGUUUUCAAUCGCAUCUUGUCAAUAAUUAAACACAAAAAUGAAGUUUUCGUUUGUUGCCGCUAUUCUUGCCGUUGCCGCCUCAGCUAUUGCUGCCCCUGCUGCUAUGCCCGAAGCAAACCCUUCGCACCAGUUGAAUGUCCGCGCCAGCAUUAAAUACAACAUUGCUGCCAUCAGGCAAGCCAUUAGCUACGAUAACAGUGCGGCCAGUAGUCUCAAGGUUGCCAUUUCCAAGACCAACAAAGCGUACUCAAAUCUUAGCUCUUCUUCAGGCUCAGCCAUUACUGCUGCCAGAAAUGCCCACAUAAAAGCCAUUCAGGCGCAAAAGGCUGCACUGGCCGCCACUAAUGCCGUUGCUAAUGCACUCAAAAAACUUAUUUGAUCGAGUGGCAGAAAUAUCUGAUGUUGAUAACUUUAAUAUCCGUUUAAUAACAGCAGAUUAGCUUGACGCACUUGGCUAUCCUUGCAAUAUUAUUUUAAUUUGUUAGUGUCAAAUAAAAACUUUCUGUGCAACUCCA